GCAUUUGAAUGAACAUUGUCAUAGCUUCAUAGGAAAAAAGAAAUAUAUACGACACCUUCCUCUAUAUAUAGAUGAUUGCACCUAUUUCUCUCCUCAUUAUUCUUAACAAAAUCUACACCUCAAAUCUUUAUUCUCUUUCUCUUCCUCUUCAAUCUUUUUGUUGACUUAAUUUUCAACUUUCUUGUUUUUGGUCUUAGGAUAUAUAUUAUUCUAUUAAUUCUCCUAAGAAUUAGAAAAAAUGAAAGACAUUGUAGGAAACCCUUUGCGCCUAAAAUCAGUGAAUCAUAUCUCUCUUAUCUGCAAAUCAGUAAAUGAAUCUGUUGACUUCUACCAAAAUGUUCUUGGAUUCAUUCCAAUUAGGAGGCCUGGAUCAUUUGAUUUUGAUGGCAAAUGGCUAUUUGGCUAUGGAAUUGGAAUUCACUUGCUACAAGCAGAGGACCCUGAAAACAUUCCAAGGAAGAAGGAAAUUAAUCCAAAGGAUAAUCAUAUAUCUUUCCAGUGUGAGAGCAUGGAUGCAGUAGGGAAAUAUCUUGAAGACAUGAAAAUUGAUUAUGUACGUGCAAUGGUGGAAGAAAAUGGAGUUAAAGUUGAUCAAAUGUUUUUCCAUGAUCCAGAUGGAUUCAUGAUUGAGAUAUGCAAUUGUGAUAGUCUUCCAGUUAUUCCAUUAGCUGGUGAAAUGGCUAGAUCAUGUUCAAGACUUAAUCUUGAGAUUAUGCCUCAACAGAUACACCAAGUUGUUAAGCAAAUUUGAUCAUGAGGAUUAGCUUUUUAUUUUAUCUUAAUUUUGAAUUAUUGGGGAAUAAGAAAGAGAAGUUAAUUAUUAAGUAUCAAUAUUAUGAGGAAACUCUUUCUUUUUUUAAUUUAUGUAUAUGUUUUGUACUUUGUCAAUUUGUUUCUUCUAUUAUAUUAUGGAUGUACUAGAUUC